UAUCAACGAUUCUUACGAGAGUAGUUACGAAAUUAAUGAGAAAAAAGAUCAGAGGGAUUUAAUCAGGCAUUUACUGCCGAGCGAUUGUACAAGCGCCAACUCGGUAAAACUCGGUAUAACGAGCGUUUGUUCUGUAGGACCAUUAGAAAAUUGAAAGAUGCGAUCAUGUGCUAUAAUAUCGAAAAAGGGUAAGACUCGAUCCACUAACGGUAAGGCAGUUAUUUUGUAAGAGGCCAAAAUUCUAGGGGAACGCACGAUCUCGUUGGCAAGGCUUGGAGAAGGCGCGUCGGUUUUACACACACAUACACACAGAAACGGAGUUGCUUGGGCGCGAUAGAUCGAAAAGUGCCAACAGGCGCGGAUAUUCCAAUGUAUCGCUUAUGUGUUGGGCAAGCUGCGCGCGCAGACAGCUCCGCUUCGGCAUCAGCGCGCAACAUAUUGGAGCGCGUCGGGGUUUCGGCGUCCCCUCACCUCGACUGCAGCAGCUUGUGCUCCGUUAUAAGCCCACGCCGCCGCUAUAGCCGCCGCCGCCGCCGUCGUCGCCGCUGCACAGUUCGCUGUGUAUGUAACGUAAGUUUGUACGCGCUCCGGCCGUAAGUAGUGGUGUAGUAGUGCAAAGAGCAAACGCGUGGGGUGUUGUUGUUGUUUUCGUAGCCGUCGUGUACGCGUCGUCGACGAGUGCAUCGAUUAUUUAUUAUCAGCGCAGGUUCCAGACCUCAGCACCGAAGCCCGUUCGCAGCCGCACGAGUGCCAUUGAUCAGCAGCACACCAUGAAGUUCUCCGAGGGGGACCAGGUCCUCGCUAAGCUUCCAAACUCCAAGGACUUUGAAAAAGCUCGAGUGGUUGAUAUCAAGGGCGGCAAGUACAAGAUUCAAUUCAAAGGAGGGGUAGAGCACACUAUCCCCGAGAGCGAUGUCAAGGCACAGAGAGUUUCCCGGAGCAGAUCUCGUGGAAGACCCCCAGCAGCCAAACCCAAAAGUCCAGCUGUUACGAGAAAAAAGUCGCCCGCUCGCAAAUCACCCGCCAGAAAGAAGUCCCCGGCUCGAACGACCACCGCGUCGCAAGCCAGAAAAUUGUCUGUGCGAGCGGCUCGUCAAGCCAAGGUCACUCUGUCCAGGCUCGAUGAUCCCACGGACACUUCUAGCGACACCGACGUGACCGAACGCUCCAAAAGCGUCCUCGAUGACGACUACGCUCCACUGCAAACGCGCUUGAAGGACAACGUGCGAGCCACCAGGCGCUCCAUACGCAUAGCAGCCAGUGCCUCGAAAGCCGAGACAGAGAAGAAACUUUACCAGUUGAGAGGGGCCGAUAGAGCAGCGUCUCUGCCAGCUGAAAGAAAAAAUCAGUACAAAGUUUCACCUGACGGAAAGUCCAGAGGAAUGUCGGCUCAACGCGAUGAGGAUUUAUUGAAAAUCAUCGCCUACGAUAGUGAAACUGAUGUCGACGUUGAAUCGGAUGGGUCAAAAUCCAAAAAAGCAAAAGCCGAUUUGAGCAAACCCCAAGAAUGGGGAGGUUGGCUUGGUGCUUUGUUUCUCUCAUUUGCUUUACCACUGGGAAGUAUUUUAUUGCAAAUGGCAUGUGGCAAUGAACAGUGCAGUCAAAAACUAUUGCGCGUACCCCGUUUGAGAGACUUGAAGCAAUGGAGGAACUUCAUUAGUUUGGAGGCAUCGUUAGCGUAUGCCGGAUUUAUUGCUUUUGUCUCGAUUAUGUCAAUUUUACCGAUUGGCAGUACCGUCGAUGGUCAGCAAAGCCGCUCCGGUAAACUGCAGUACCGAGUGAACGGUAUUUUCACCUUGAUUUUAUCAUCAGCCAUUUUUGGAGGCUGUGUUUAUCAAGGUUACGAUGUCGUUAAUUUUUUGCUUCACAAGUCUUUGCCACUAACGGUUAUUGGCGCAAUAUUUGGUGUUCUUCUGGCUAUUAUAUUGUACAUCAAAGGAGGUAAAGUGCCCGUGUCCCGUUUGAAUAUGUACGGUACUACCAACAGCGUAAUUUAUAAUCUUUGGCAAGGGCGAGAAGUCAAUCCUAGAUUCGGAAAUCUUGAUAUAAAAGUCAUAAUUUUCCGCACUGCUAUCAUUGGAACGACUCUAAUCGAUUUGGCUGCAAUCGUAAAAAUUGUCAAAGAAGCUCCAGUCUAUGAUUUAGAUCACUUGAACUUGGCUACCUUGGGUGUUGCUGGUUUACAAAUUUUCUACUCCAUCGACUCCCUCGUAUACGAAUCUGUGUGGAUGACAUCUUUUGAAUUCAUGUAUGAAGGAACUGGUUACAUGCUCACGGUUGGAUACUUAGUGUAUCCUUAUUUAGCAACUUUAACUACGAGAUUCGCUUUAUUCAACAAAGUCAACAUACCCAUUUACUCGUUUUGCAUUUUCAUCGCUCUAUUUUUCGCUGCAUUUUUCGUUUAUCGCAAAUGCAAUAAUCAGAAAAACGAGUUCAGGAAGAAUCCAUUUUCAUCUUCUCUUUCUCAUUUAGAAACGAUCCCGACCAAGCGUGGAAAGCGUUUGAUCGUGUCAGGAUUCUGGGGCUAUGUAAGACACCCGAACUAUCUCUGCGAUAUUUUGAUGCACAUUGCUCUAGCUGGAUUUAGCUAUUCCCUUGAUAUCUUGCCAGCUUUUCUAGCGCUUCAAGUAGUUUUCUUACUUUGUCACAGAGCCACUCGCGAUAACGCACGUUGCGCGAAACGGUAUGGCUAUGCUUGGGAGCAAUAUUGCUCUCGAGUGAAAUACAUGAUCCUCAAGCCAAUAUUUUAAAUAGCUCGGCUACUUCGU